UAGAAUAGAAGUCUCUAUUCUAUUUCUAUGAUCCAGUGCUCUUGGUCGUAUAACGUUAAGGCAUUGUACGAUGGGUAACUGGUCGCAUACCAACUUUGUAGUAGCUUCCUGUCUGUGCUCGCUUCCGUUGUUUACGAGUAUGAUGAGAUGAUUGAAGUAAAGGCAAAUCUGCUGAGGGGGUCUACCUUUCUCGCCGGUGAGACGAUUGAGUAUAGCCUCAUUUUCACUUAUCCUAACAACACAAAUGUGGAGUCGAGGUCUAGCAGAGAUGCUGUGGAGGUUUUGGCAUGGGCCAGUGCUCAGAUCCACUGCCAGUGCACUGUAAGUGAAGCACGCGUACGGCUGCCAAAAUCCCCUCUCCCCACGCAGGCCGAAGUAGUUACGGCUACAAAUGGCAGUACAUCGUUUCUGCCAAACAGAGGUGAGAAAGGUGAAAGGGGUAUGUGCGUCUUUUCAUCCGUUCCAAAGAUUUUGUUCUGUGACCUUCAACUCAGUCCAGGGGAGUCAAAAAAAUACAUCUACAGAGAGACACUUCCAAUGGAUGCUCCACCUUCGUACAAGGGCCAGGCUGUGAAGUACUCGUACAAGAUCACGAUCGGAACUCAGAGGGUCAACUCCCCGAUCAAACUGCUGCGAGUACCGCUGCGCGUUCUGGUCGUAAAUGGUAUUUUAGAGAUGAAAAAGCAGAGUGAAGAGCAGGAGCCAGUCACCCCCAGCAAUCCUUUCCUGCAGGAGGAGGAGGAGCGACCUGUACUGGAAAAGUCUAUGCAGAUUCUCCAGUGUGCUACAUCGCGGAGAGGUCCUAACUACUACAACAUUACCAAUGCCAGGGGAAAAGUGUGCAAGUUUUGCCUGUUCAGAUCUAGCUACCGAUUAGGAGAGGAUAUUGUUGGGACAUUCGAUUUCACAGUGGCAACAAUACCAUGUGUACAGUUUUCCGUGACGCUGCAGAGCGAGGAGGUGGUAUCGGACGAGUACUGCUGUAAGGCUGGGCAGGGCUGCACCACCAUCUCCUACACUAAGCACCAUGAUUUCUGCCUGCACACGAACAAGACGUACAUGGCACUGCCGAUCCCUCUGCAGAUCACACCGGGAUUCGUCACAGACAUAGUGGCCUUGAAGUGGAAACUGCACUUUGAGUUUGUGACUGCAACGCAGCCGCUGGAGACGCACCCGAUACCAGCUGACCAAUCGGAGAGCAGCACGUGGCGAGGCCCAAUAGACAUGCAGGUCGAGACAAUGGUCUGGGACAUGCCCAUUAACAUCUACGCGACAAAUCCUCUGCAGGCCUCCUGUUCAGCCACAGCAGGUACCACGGCCAACUUUGUCGUGUUUUGACAACUUUGUCGUGUUUUGACGAGGCGCUCGACCUGUUUUGCUCACGUACCCAGGUUUUAGAAGUCAAUGUGUUUGUAAUUGCCUGUAGUCUAAGAUGCCGAGAGGAACGUGAUAGUGUGGAAUAAAGAAUUGUGGACACGCAGAGUAUUUUCCCGUCGAGCUGAAAGAGGCAGAACGAGGCUCACACAGAACAUGUGCGCACAGACUAAUUGUGUUGCACAGUGGCGCACCCUGAUGGCCAUAUAUUUUGAAUCCAGAAUACGGCUAGAACAUCAGCAUUGUUAUUCACACUCACUAGGAAUCUCUAGCUGCUUUUUCCAGUAAGUCUCCAGCAGUUACCUCGAAAAGUGAGAAGCCUAGAUUUUAAAGAGGCAUCACAUUUUUGUUAAUGUUACAACUGAAUACAUGAAGGUACAAGUUAUUGUGGCAGAUACUGUUAUUAAUACAGUAGUCAGGUGUAUGGGCAGAGUGAACUGUGUAAUUUAAGUAGAUAUAUCUAACCAUAGUCAGAGCUUGACAGCCUUGAGAGCUUUGAGAGUAUUGAGAGCUUUGAGAGCUUUGAGAGUAUUGACAGCCUUGUGUGUUUUGCAGUCGAUGGGACCAAAUUGUUGUGAAAGGAAGCAGUCGCAUGCAUGUAUAUAAUCUCCGGUUCUAUUCGGACAUUAUUAUUUGACAGAAUCAAUGAGCAUUGCUUUUUGUAAUUGGUAAUAAUAACGUCAGUAAAGGGCAAAAAUAUUGUGUAUGAAA